AUGCGCGACAGCGGCGUCGAGCUCCACAACAGGGACUCGGCCAGGUCGAGCAUGGAUGGUUCGACCAAUCGAGAUGCCGCCGUUAGCAGCAGCCGAACAUCUCUCGACAGCGGCCGCACCAGUAUGAGCGCCGACUGGCCUGUGCACCCGGGAGAGAUCAACACUGUCGCCCAGCUCGAUACUCUCCCCAUCGGCACCGAGGUCACAUUCCGAGCCCGUAUCGAGACUCAGCGACCGCUGUCCAAGGUGCUUGACUUUCUCCUUCUCCGAGACCAGACGCACUCUGUUCAGGGCGUCCUCGCCCGCGAUGCCGAUAACGCCGACUUCUCUCUCGUCCAAGUGUCGGGUAUCCUCAAGCAGCCCCCACAGCCCAUCCGAUCGGCGACUCACUCUGGAGUUGAGGUCGACAUCUGCUCUGUUCACCUAGUCAACCCUGCUCAGAACCUCCCCUUUAGCAACUACAAGCCUCCUGAGACCCUGCGCAACCGCAUGUCCUCGCGCAUUCUCGAUCUUCGACAUCCCUCUAACCAGGCUCUCUUCCGCGUGCGAUCUAUGGUCUCGCGCGUGUUCCGAAACACCCUUGAGCAAUAUGGCUUUGUCGAGAUUCACACUCCCAAGCUUCAGCCCGCUGCCACCGAAAGCGGCGCCGCCGUCUUCCCCGUCAACUACUUUGGUCGCCGAGCCUUCCUCGCUCAGAGCCCUCAGCUCGCCAAGCAGAUGUCCAUCUCUGCCGACUUUGGUCGUGUCUUUGAGGUCGGCCCUGUCUUCCGCGCCGAAAACUCAAACACUCACCGUCACCUUACCGAGUACACUGGCCUCGAUCUCGAGAUGGCCAUCGACAGUGACUAUCAUGAGGUUAUUCAGUUUAUCGAUAUCUUCCUGAAGGAGGUGUUCAGGACCGUCUACUCCUCCCGAGAGCUCGAGGUCAUUCGCAAGCGAUGGCCUAGCGGAGAGUUCAAGUGGCUCGAUGAGACUCCCAUUAUCCCCUUCAGCGAGGGUCUUCAGAUGCUCCGUGACGAUGGCCGCGACGUCGAGGAAGAGGAUCUCUCUACUCCUGAUGAGAUCCGCCUUGGUCAGCUCGUCCGCGAAAAGUACAACACCGACUACUACGUCCUUGACAAGUUCCCAGCCAACGCUCGUCCUUUCUAUACCGCCAAGGACCCCGAAGACCCCAAGUGGACUCGAUCUUUCGAUAUCUUCAUCCGAGGCCAGGAGAUUUGCUCCGGUGGCCAGCGUAUCCACAAUGUUGAAGAGCUUCGAGCCAACAUGGCUGCCGCUGGCAUGUCUGAGGAUGGUAUGGAAGAUUAUCUGACCGCCUUUGAGCUUGGUGCUCCUCCUCACGCCGGUGCCGGUCUUGGUCUCGAGCGUAUUGUCGCAUGGAUGCUUGAGCUUGGCGAUGUUCGAUACGCCUCUCUCUUCCACCGUGACCCCAAGUCUCUCCCAACCAAGGCUCCUGGUCUGCCUCACCCUGAGGCUGAUACUACCAAGCCUCACCACGCCGACUCUCCUCCUGCAUUGGAGAAGCUUAUUGCCAACUACGGUGACGCUUCCAACACAUCCUGGCUUGAUGAUCGCUUCAAGAUCUGGCGACACGAGACUGGUGCCGCUGUUGGCUGGGUUCCCCAAGACAAGUUUGCGAUGAUUACCGGUGAUCCUCUUUGCGACCGCAGCCAAUACCAGGAAGUCAUCCGUGCCUUUGUCAAGCACAUCACCGUUGACCUGCGCCUGACCCCUGUCUGGAUGCUCGUCUCCUAUGAGGUCCAGAAGAUCCUCGCCUCCGAGCUCCGCUGGCGGAGCUUGUCCUGCACUGAGGAACAACGUGUCGAUGCUGAUAAGCACAACCCCGCUCAGAUCACUGGUCUCCCCGCCAAGGCACGCCGUGUUGAGCGUGAAGGUGUCAAGAUUCACGAGGUCAAGGCCGACGAAGACUUUAUGAAGCGUGCCAACCCUGCCAUUGAGGAGUGGAAGGCUUCCCGCAAGGGCAAGCAGGUUCACUUGACCGAGGUCCGCCCCUGGGUUGACAUGGAGCACCGACGAUACUUUGCCGCCGAGAAGGACGGCAAGGUCCUCUCCCUCGUGGUUCUGGCCAAGCUUUCUCCCCGUCAUGGCUGGCAAGUCAAGUGGGCUCUGGACUUCCCCGGCGCUGUCAACGGUGCCAUCGAGGUCCUCAUCGGCCACGCUCUGUCCAGCGUCACUGGCCAAGUCACCUUUGGUGCUGGUGUCUCUGAGAGACUCACACCUGGCGAGCAUGUCGGCGGUCUCCGUGCCCGCUUCCUCGCCGCUACCUACCGAUCCAUCGUCGACAGCCUGGGCCUCCGUCGCAAGGCUAGCUUCCGAUCCAAGUUUGGCGCUCUCGGCGAGGAGGUCUACAUCUGCUACCCCAAGCACGGUGUCGGUCUGCGCGACCUGCAGCAGAUUGUCAAGUUCUUCCAGGACUAA